AGCAUGUUUACAUUUCCCCUUGCCUGCGGUCUCUUUAUCAGGCAAUGGGUUUGUUCGGCAUCUAGUAUAAAGUAAGUGAGCGCGGGUUUCACAGGCACACGUACUGCAUACAUGCAGCAUGCUCAGGAUGACACAGACGAGUACAGUGUUGAGCAUUUUCGCCUUGUUUCUUCACACCACUUUUGGGGAAAGUGGUUGCACCUCAGCAGAUGGUGAUGGGACUUUUGGAGAUGAUGAACAAGACAAUUUUGACAUUGAUUGCUUCAGCCAGCUGGAAUUUAAGGAUUCCUAUAGCAGCCUGACCUGCAACUUUACAGAGCUGCCACCUCACAACACUAACUAUACCCUGGCCCUGUGUACCAAGGAAGACAGCAAUUACGUGUGCUUUGAUAUGGAGAAACAGGAAGAUGUGUAUUUUUUACAAUUCAGUGAUAUACUCUCAAAUAAGGAUAUUUGCAUGUUCUCUAAGAUGAAGAGGAGGGUCUGCAAGAGUCUGAUUGUAACUGACAUUGUUAAGCCUGAAGUACCCUUUGAUAUAAACAUCACAUACCAAAAGGAGGCAAAUGAAUAUCUUAUUCAUUAUAGUACCCCCCACUCAUGGAAGAAAUACUUAAAGGACAAAUUAAUACACCAAAUAGCCUAUCGGCAGGAAGAGGGCACUUGGAAGACAAUAAAGUCACCAUAUCUUCAGGUAAAACUGCUGGGGAAAAACCUCGAACAUGAUGCAUCGUAUGAGGUCAAAGUACGUUCACAGCCCAAUGGAGACUAUUUUAACGGCACAUGGAGUGAAUGGAGUGCUUCCAAGAGCUUCAGGACCACAAAAGAGCAGCACUCCACGGGGAGCUCUAGUAGUGUGGUCUUGGUUAUACUCUCCAUCUUGGGAUUCGUGCUGUCUGUUGUCAUGAUUGUCCUGAUUGGAACUUUUUGGGAAAACAGAAUCAAGCCUGCUGUGUGGCCAAACCUGCCUGACCAUAAAAAAACGCUGGAGCAACUGUGCAAGAAGCCAAAAAAUAAUUUUGAUAUAAGCUUUAACCCAGAGAGUUUUGGUUAUGUUCAUAUCCAUAAAGUGGAUGGCAUUCGAGCAAAAGCUGAACUGGAAAAUUUUCUGCGUCCGUCAACUGCUCCAGAGACAAACCUUCCAGAAAAAUUUAGGACUGGGUCAGACCUAAAGAUCCCUGUGAUGACAGACAAAAGGAACCUAAACCUGUCUGUGACUUAUGGAGGAAUCUGGCCAGCUGAAGCCCUGCACAGACUCCUGGGCACCAGCCAGUUUGCAGUCACCGAAGCAAACUGCGACUCCAGCACGUACAAGUUGUGCCACAGCAAUGGCAUGCCUCUGUGCAAUGAUGGUUUCAACCUCUCCUUCACUCCUACCCAAGAUCCCUCUGGCCAGCCUGGACCAGAACCACUAAAUGGUGACACCAUACCCCAGAUGCCACCUACCAGUGAAAUGAGGUCACCAAACAACGAGGAAGCCUAUGUCACAAUGUCUAGCUUCUACAGAAAUCAGUAA